AUGGCGAGCGUCCAGCAAGGCGAGAAGCAGCUUUUUGAGAAGUUCUGGCGAGGAACCUUCAAAGCAGUGGCCACUCCGCGUCCCGAGAGCAUCAUUGUCGCCAGUAUCACGGCCCGCAAGCCACUGCCAAGGUCAGAGCCCCAGAGCAGCCCUGUGGUCCCAGCUCAGGAUGGGCCCUCAGAAAAGCUGGGUCAGCAUCUGGCCACUGAGGCCUUGGGCACCAACAGCUGGGAGAGAGACAAGGCCUGCCGGGAGCUGGGUCCUGCCAGAGCACACAGUGCCUCUCGUGACAAAGACAUAACACCACUGCCAUCCUCCAGGGGAAAGAAGAAAAAGAAGAAAUCCACCAGGAAGAAGAGAAGGAGGUCCCCAUCCUAUAGCCCGUCGCCUGUCAAGAAAAAGAAGAAGAAAAGUUCCAAGAAACAUAAGCGACGCAGGUCAUUCUCCAAGAAGAGAAGGCACAGCUCCUCUAGCCCAAAAAGCAAAAGAAGGGAAGAGAAGAGGCACAAAAAACAAUCUCGAAGCCGGCCCCGAAAGUCUCACCGCCACCGCCAUCACCGCUGCCCCUCACGGUCCCAGAGCUCGGAGUCCCGCUCCUCAAGCUGUGAGAGCAGGCACCGAUGCCGGUCCCCUGAGGAAGGGCGGAAGUCCCGCCGAAGGCACACCCGCCGCUGCUCCAAGACCCUCUGCAAGGCCAGCCCUAAGGCCCAGUCCAGCCACCCACCCAGCCAGCCCCUCCAGAUGCUCAGCUUCUUGUCAGCCAGGGGUGUAAUCACUGGGUCGGGGUCUGCUGCUGACCUCUUUACCAAAACAGCCAGCCCGCUCACCACCUCCCGAGGACGCUCCCAGGAGUAUGACUCAGGCAACGACACGUCCUCGCCACCCUCCACGCAAACCAGCUCAGCCAGGUCUCGGGGCCAAGAGAAGGGGAGCCCCAGUGCGGGCCUAAGCAAGAGCCGGGAGCUCAACAGCGGCAACACCUCCGAUUCAGGGAACUCUUUCACCACCUCCUCACCCCAGAACAAGGGGGCCAUUUUGGAGAAUCUCUCCCCCACCAGCAGGGGCAGGGAGACAAGAGGAUUUCAAUCACCAUGUCUGGAAUGCACCGAGGUGAAGAAGUCCAGUUCGGGCCCAUCCACAACCCGGAGCUCCCCUAUGAAAGGGUGCUCCCGAAGCUCCUCCAAUGCCAGCACUCACUCCUCCAGCCACUCUUCCCGAUCUCCAAAUCCCAGGACCUCCCCCAGGUACACCCGGAGCCGAUCCACCUCCUCCGAAAAAAGGUCCUACUCCCGCUCUCCCAGCUAUUCCUCCAAGUCUGGCAAGAGGAGCCCGCCUAGCAGAAGCUCUCGAUCCCGCCGCAGCCCCAGCUACUCCCGCUACAGCCCCAGCAGGGAGCGGGACCCCAAGUACAAUGAGAAGGACUCGCAGCAGCGGGAGCGCGAGCGAGCGCGUCGGAGACGUCGGUCCUACUCGCCCAUGAGGAAGCGCCGGAGAGACUCCCCGAGCCACCUGGAGGCCCGGAGGAUAACAAGUGCCCGGAAACGCCCCAUCCCCUAUUAUCGGCCUAGCCCCUCUUCGUCCAGCAGCCUCAGCAGCACCUCGUCCUGGUACAGCAGCAGCAGCAGCCGCUCAGCGACCCGCAGCUACUCCAGGAGCCGGAGUCGCAGCCGGAGCCGGAGCAGGACCCGCACUAGCAGCAGCUCCAGCUCUCGCAGCCCCAGCCUGGGCUCCCGGAGCCGGAGCCAUAGCCGGAGCAGGAGCUACAGCUCAGCAGACAGCUACUCCAGCACGAGGCGCUAA